GCGGACACUCAACUCGGAAGCGCAAAUGCUGUUGAAAGAGUCAUCCAAAGACCUUAAAAAGCUUAUGAUCAUUCAACGGACUCUAUAACCACUAUGGGACUUUUCUACCAUUGCCGCCUGUAUGAUCUUCACACUGGCAACAACCUUCUCCUGGACGGAUGCUCUGCUCAGGUAUCGAUUACAGAUGUCCAUGCCGCUGUAACAAUUUCGCAGAAAUUCACUUGCUCAUCAAAUCAUGGAAAUCCAGCUCAUCAGGUUUCGGGGGUGUUUACGUUCAGUCUCAUGAGAGAUGCCGCGGUGUGCGAGUUUGAGAUGGUGAGAGGCGAUGGGACAAAGGUUGAGGGAGUCGUGAAAGAAAAGGAGGAGGCGAAGCGGGAAUAUGAUGAGGCUCUUCGGCAGGGUUACACAGCGAGCUUGGGACAACAGGAAACUGGCGAUGUUUUUUCUAUCAGCGUCGGCAGUAUUGCCGCUGAAGAGACUGUUACCAUCAAUCUGAAAUAUGUUCAACCUCUCAUCGACGAUGAGAAAAAGAAUCAAGUCAAAUUUAUCUUCCCUCGAACUUAUGCACAGCGAUAUGGCUCUGCGCCUACGGUCAAUAGCGCAUUUGGGAGGACAGUGCAGCAGCCGUUCACGAUGAAUGCCACUGUACAACAAGCUGGUUCAAUAAAUGCUAUCUCUUGCCCAUCUGGACAUCCCAUCUCACUCGAGUUUGACCAUCAAAAUUCGAGGAAUAACUCGAUUGCCAACGUCUUACUCCAAGAUCGUUCUGGUUUCCUCAGUAACGACGUCGUUCUUGUUAUUACCGCGACUGGGAUAGAUGCUCCACGUUGCUUUAUCGAGCAACAUCCAAGUCCAAACCACGAAACGACAGCUCUAGCGCUUACAUUUGUACCUCGGUUCAAUGUUCCUGAUGUUCAAGGUGGAGUGGAAUAUAUUUUUCUCGUUGAUCGGAGUGGAAGUAUGCAUGGACAGAACAUUCAACUCGUACGUGAAGCAUUGGUUGUGUUGUUGAGAGGAUUGCCGACAAAUGGGACAACAUUUAAUAUUUUCUCGUUUGGGUCCGAGGCGACGAAACUGUGGGACCAAAGUCGGGCGUAUGAUCAGUCGUCGUUGGAGGAAGCAACACUUCACGUCGACUCCAUGCAAGCUGAUUAUGGUGGAACCGAAAUCGCCUCAGCUCUCCGUCUCGUCUACAAUUCUCUCCCAAAAUCGCUCAUUCGACCUGUCGCCGUAUUCCUCCUUACUGACGGCGGAGCAUGGGAUGUCUCCACAUGUAUUGAAUAUACACAAUCCGCUCGUACUACCUUACCUAGCCCAAAAACCUUCAUCCGUGUGUUCUCUGUGGGCAUUGGAGAUGGGGCAUCGAGUGAUACGUGCGAGAGUAUAUCACGAGCAGGAGGCGGAAUGACGGUAUAUGUCAAGCAGGGAGAACCUCUUACGGGCAAGUGCUCGAGACUAGUUAGGGCAGCAAGAACACCUGAGGUUAGGGUCAAUGUGGAUUGGGGCUUGGGAGAGAAGGAAGAGCAAAUCGACGAGCCCGAUGACUUUGAGUUUGUUGACAACCCUACACCAGAAUCGGCUUCUCCUGUCAAUCCCCCUUCAGCUAACAUCAGUCUCUUUGAUCCUGAUUCUGACGACAUGGAUGUCGAUCCUUCGAUAAAUCCGAUACUACAUCCCACUGGUCCACCACCCAAACCCAAUCCAACUCUCCCCCCGCCACCUCGUAUCCAACAAUCUCCUCUUGCCAGUCAAAUUCCCAGUAUUUUCCCGGGAUCGAGAACACAGAUCUACGCUAUCGUUCGUACACCCAAGAAUGAUACGGUAAGUUCGAUGACUACUGAGAUCAAAGUUCGGGGCGUGGUCACUACCACUGGCGCCCUAGUUGAACUCGUCGUACCCGUCUCCAAAGUACUUUCAUCGCCGACCAUUGAUGCUACUUUGGGCUUUCCCUUCCUCCACACUCUCGCAGCCAAAGCCCUCAUCAAAGAUCGCGAAGAAGGAAAACACGCCUUUCCUCCUUCUGUCUCUGCAUUAUUUGACUCUCCAAAUCUUAACACCGAGCUAAAGGAAGCGUACCUCGAAAAAGACAUUAUCCGUCUAGGUACAGAAUAUCAUCUUGCCAGUCGGCAUACCAGUUUCCUUGCCGUUGACAGAAGGAGUAGUGGGGGCCAGAGUUUUUUGAAUAUUGUUCCAACAAUGCUCUUUGGGAGCGCUUCUAGUUCCACCACUACAGGCAGAACACUUUUCGGAGGUGGGGGAGGUGUCGGUUUUGGCGGAUUCGGGAGCAGUGGGGCACCGAGAUCAUCUAGCGCAAACACGCGAAGUAGGGGAUACGGUCCAGCAGCAGUAGCGAUGUCAAUGACAUCAAAUACUGUUCAUUCUAAUGCAAGCUUCAGAAUGGGUUCUAUAGCUUCACAAGGUCCUAUACCAUACUCGAUUAAAAGUGGUGAUCGCGCUCUUUUUGGUUCUUCUUCGCCACCUGCUUUUGGGAGUUCUACGGUCCCACCACCACCUACCACAGCUCCGGUGCCAUUUGGUGCAUUGCCUCCCCCUCCUCCAGGUCACCCUCCAAAAUUGAUUUUCGGGCGUAUGGCAAGUUUAAGGAACGUAUCAUCGUCAACACCACUAGCUCCACCAGCCCCUGCUCCAUCUUCUCCCAAUUUCUCACCUUCGUCUCCGAUGGCAAAUUCAUCGUUUUUCGGUUCAACAGCAGACGAUUCGGGGGAAGAGGACGCCGACGGCAGUGUUCAGAAUAAUAUCUCCCCUAAAUCUUCAGUAAAUCCAUUCUCCCCGACAAUUUCAUCUUUAUCGGAUUCCCAUCACAUUCUUGGUACUACUACUCAACAACACCAACGCACUCCCGGAUCUCUCCUCGCCGCUGUCGCUCGACUCCAACAAUGGCACGGAGGGUUCAAACUCACGUCUACUCUUUUACAACUCCUUGGAGAAGCUCUCAACGUCAACAUCCUUCUACUGCUCGGUUCAGAUCCUAAUGAUAACAACAUACUGGUGAAAGAUUUUGCGAAGAAGCUCGAGAGUCAAGUAGGAAUUGAGGAUCCGGAUGUCGGGGCUACGCUAUUUGCUUUGGUUUGGAUGGAAAAAUAUAACAAGGCUAGUGGUAGUCGCGUGGUGGAUGACAGUCAAGACGAUGAUGAUGAGACGCGGGAUAUGAGGGAAAAGGCGCAGGAGUGGGUUAAGAGUCAAUUGCGACCUGGCGCCGAUAGUGGUGACGAGCAGAUUCGGAGGAGGCUCGGGGAACUGAAGGGAGGUGUUGAGAGGAUGUUGGGGCUGGAAUGAGACGAAUCGUUUGCGAUGUGAAGUGUGUGUGUAUAUUGAUAUUUGUCUUCAGUAUGUACAAUAUAUAUAUGUAUGUAACCAUCUAGGAUCCAGGA